GUCGCCUCCCCUUUCCCGUCAUUAGUCAGUUCUCGGGGCAUUUUCGCAGGCGGCCGAUGAGUUGUCUCGGGGAGACGUGACGGCUGAGGUUGCCCUCUGGCACGCUACAAAUUACUAUGAGUCUACUACAUAGUCACACCAGCUUUGAAAACAGCAAUCAGGAGACUGGCUGCUGUGCAGCCAUGGCCAGUGCUUGCAGCGCUGGAGCCAAAGAGGAGAGCAUCAAUGCUACUGUCAGCAAUGGCACCGGUGGAACACUUUCAAACUCUUUCAUGGAGGAAACCCAGGGCUAUGAUGUGGAAUUUGACCCACCACUGGAAAGUAAAUAUGAAUGCCCGAUCUGUUUAAUGGCUCUCCGGGAAGCAGUGCAAACACCAUGUGGACACCGUUUCUGCAAAGCUUGCAUUGUCAAAUCCAUAAGAGAUGCUGGACAUAAAUGUCCAGUAGACAAUGAAAUUUUACUAGAACAUCAACUCUUUCCUGACAACUUUGCAAAAAGGGAAAUCCUCUCGCUGAUGGUGAAAUGUCCGAACAAGGGCUGUAAUCAGAAGAUGGAACUAAGGCAUUUAGAGGACCAUCAGUUACAUUGCGGCUUUGCUUCAGAAAAAUGUCCCCAAUGCCAAGACAUUUUCCAGAAGAAUCAACUACAAGAACACAUGAAGCUACAGUGUCCUCGGCGACAAAUAUUUUGUCCAAACUGUGGUAAUGAUAUGACUUACGAGGAAAAAGAGGUUCAUGAUGAAAUCUGUCCUUUAGCAAAUGUCUGCUGCGAAUAUUGUAAUACAGGACUAAUCAGAGAACAGCUGCCUAAUCACUAUGAUAAUGAUUGCCCUACUGCUCCAGUACCAUGUACUUACAGUUUUUUUGGAUGUCCAGAAAAAAUGCAGAGAAAUGAGUUGGCACGCCAUAUGCAGGAGUUCACUCAGGUUCAUAUGAGAAUGAUGGCUCAGACUCUCCGUAGUGUCAGUAUUACUACCCCAACUUCCAUGAAUUUCGCUGGAGGUUUGCCCUUUGACCCAUCACUCUUCUCUCAAGCCUCAUGUGAAUGUAGCCCCGAAGUCCAGAACUUCAAGGAGACCAUUCAGCAAUUGGAAGGUCGCUUGGUAAGACAAGAUCAUCAAAUCCGAGAACUCAUUGCGAAGAUGGAGACCCAAAGCUCCCAAAUGGGGAAUCUCAAAUGCACCAUCCGAAAUCUAGAGGAAAAAAUUACUGAAAUACAGGCACAGCAGUGUAACGGUAUUUUCCUAUGGAAGAUUGAGAAUUUCAGUAUUUAUCUGAAAGCCCAAGAAGAGGAAAGGCCCGUUGUGAUCCACAGCCCAGGUUUCUAUACAGGAAGACCUGGCUACAAACUUUGUUUGCGACUACACAUCCAGUUGCCAAAUGCUCAGCGCUGUGCUAACUAUAUUUCCCUUUUUGUUCACACUAUGAAAGGAGACUAUGACAGUCAUCUGCCUUGGCCAUUCCAGGGCACUAUACGACUUUCUAUUCUGGAUCAAACAGAAGGUCCUACUAGACACAACCAUGAAGAAGUAAUGGAUACCAAGCCUGACCUACUAGCCUUCCAGCGUCCAACAGCCUAUCGCAACCCAAAAGGUUUUGGAUAUGUGACUUUUAUGCAGUUGCAGGCACUAAAACAAAGAACAUAUAUAAAAGACGAUACCCUCCUGGUACGCUGUGAGGCUUUAACGCGCAUGGACAUAACCAGUCUCCGAAGAGAGGGUUUCCAGCCUCGUAGCACAGAUGGGACGGCGUAGUCCACCAAUCUUCAGCUUUUUCUCUUUCAUUGCGAGAACUUCUGCAAAUAAAUAAAGGGAUUUAUGAGCAUUGCAACUCCUAAAAAUGAAUAAAGGGAUUCAUGACAAUUGAAGAUCUCUGAAACAGAAAUAAAACUGCCAUUCUGAGAAGAUGGCAAAUUUUUCAGGGAAUGGAAGUGUUUCCUCUUUACUAUUUAGAAUAUAAAGGAAUGAUGAUGUGCACCCUGUUGUUCUUAAUAAGUAAGCUACAAAACUGACUGCUGUGCUAUCAGGAAGUGAUAUUUAUUUGUGUUUUUUUAAUGCUUGCAUUAGAGCAGUACCAUUUCUAUUGUGGUGGAUGGGUCAAAUUUGACUUUUAUUUGCUUGUAGCAAGGGCUACAGUAUUUAAAGCCAUUGUCUUCAUAUCUGCAUCUCAGAGGAGCAAAAUUAUUUGAAUACCUGACCUGAUACCUUAAUGAGGGCUUUAAGAGGAGAGUAAAUGUUGACCCAGGACAUUAUGCUAAGUAAGCCUUCAGAGUGUCAUAGUAGAAAGAAAUGCUGUUUAUAACCCUGGGGGCAGGAAGCUCAGUAAUCAGUCUGUCAUGCGCCUUUUUAGAAAUCCGAAAUGGGCUUCAGCUUUACAUUGGUAGGCAUUUCUUCACCACUCCCUUCCCAGGGAAUUUAGUAUAGACAGUCAGGUUUUAUUGUUUGUGCCCAAUAGCCAUUACAGAUUUAAUAUUGAGAAUCCAUUCUCAACUGCUGCUAGUAUGGUGGUAUGCAUAGAUUUUUUUGAUAUAUCUAAAAGCUCAUUGCAGUACUGUUCUAGAGAAGCUCAAUGACUCACUGGUCUCGUUAACUUAUCCCUUCAUAGUAAUAAUUAAAGAGGUCUUCAGGUGUCCUUGUCUUCACCCAUUUGCCUUUCUACGUAGCUGUUUUGUUUGCACUGUUAAUCUUAUCGCUGGUCCAAUUGCAUUUUUGCACUUAAAAUGAUGGCCUUUAGUGGCGAUAUAGAAUUGUACAAAUGUUCUGUUUCAUUUUGUAUCAGAAAGUAUAGAUGCAAAAAGCAAAUGGAAAUCUCCGUUUCCUUGAUACUGAAUUUUCCUUCUUAGCUGACUCUUCACAGUCAAAAGUUGUUUUGCUGAAUGUGUUUAGUUCGUAUAGUUCUCGGUAGAUGACUCUCCACAGCCAUAAGUUGGCUGAUCUGAUUAGAGUCACGGGUGUCGCAUCUGAGCCAUACGUGUCCAUAAAGUGAAUAGUAUAAUUUAAGGAAGCUCUUUUUAUGUCCAUUAUUCUGUCUGUGCACAGCAAUAAACAUAGAACGGUGCUAGACUGGUGCACAAUCUCCUCGCUACUGCUAAUUGGCCUGCAUGUCCUGUGAAACUUGUAAAUUUUGCGUAAAGAAACCUCUGGUCCAAAUUCAGUGGUGCUGGCAUUCCAGUUGGUAGAUAACUAUAGUACCCUCAACAAUAACUCUGUGACUUUAACACAAAGGGUAAAUAAUAUGACCAUUAGCACAACAGGGAGUUACUGCUUCCUAGAGCAGCUGGAAACUGGCCAAAAACAGCAGUUAUACAAUGGAGCGUGUAGAAGGGAGUUACAUUCAUAGAAUAGCAGAGUUGGAAGGGCCAUCGAGUCCAACCCCUUGCUCAAUGCAGGAAUCUACCCUAAAGCAUACCUGACAGAUGGUUGUCCAGCUGCCUCUUGAAUGCCUCUAGUGUGGGAGAGCCCACAACCUCCCUAGGUAACUGGUUCCAUUGACCUGUCUCAUUCCAGAAAUGCUGGCUUUGGCUAUUUUGGGGGGCUAUUCUCAAAAACGCUGGCUUCCUGUCUUGCUAGUGAGCAUUCCCAUUAGCACCUAAUGAGCAGUGGUGGAAUACCAGCUUUGGCCACUGCCCGAUGAAUAGUGGAGUGAUGAGCUUGGCUCUCAUGUAGGAAAAAGUAAAGACAUCUUCCAUAUUGGAAUAAGAGGAGGGUUCAACAAAGUCAUAGUAUUUGAGAUCCUAUUCACUGCAGCCCUCCCUAGUGCUAUAAAUGAAUAUGUAGCAGUACAGUUUUUUGACUUGAUCUUUCUUUCAUCCUUACAAAACCAUUCAAUGCAGUGUACUUAACAUCCCAAAUGAGUGCAAUUUUAAAGUACACAUUAGCGUUAGGAUUCCAGACUGGAGACAAGACUGGCAAGAUGUCCCAAGCAUUUGGCAGGUAAAUGAAGCAUUCUUAAGCACAAUGGCAGCAGAGUAUUCACUGCUAAAUUGUGCAUGUAAAAUGAAUGAAAUAAUUAAGAUUGGAUUAUGGGUUGGUAGAUUUUGUGAUGUCAAAUACUCUAGUACUUUUCAUCUGCCACCUUCUGCUUUAUUUUUUCACAACUGUGCAUGAACAAAAAUUUAUGGGGCCUCUUCCCAAACAAUUCUUUUGCCUGUACUGAAAUCUGCAUUGUUUUGAAGAGCCAGAUGGCUAUUCAGAGUACAGACAUUUAUAAGUGCCACUUUAUGCACUAGAAAUGUCUUUGUUCUACUUUCUUCUUGUGAAAAGGCACAAUGUUCUCUACUUACAAAAGAGCAGAUCUUGGAUUUUUGUAUAAAGAAGAAGAACCCUAAUGCAGCAAUCCUAUACUCACUUGGAAGCUCAGUGAGACUUACUUCUAAGUAAAUUUGUGCCGUACAAGCUAAGAAGGAAAUGCUCGUGAAAUUAAGACAUUUCAUAUAUAAAUACUUGCUGCAAUGCUAUUACUGAUAUUGCUGUCCACUGCUACGCAGUUUGUUGCAUUUUCAUAACAUAUUGCCUUAAAAGAAUACAAACUUCUUGACAGAAAAGGCAGCCAUGUUCCUUCUUCCCGAGCUGAGCCUUUGGUUUUGGAUAAUUUCUUACUACAGAAACUAAACUAAUAAUUUCUCAUCUAGUUAAUGCAUGAGUCCUCCUGUAGAUUCAGAUUUUUUUAGUUGCAGUGUUUUCAGUUGCCAUCUCAAAUUCUUGAUUAGUCCCUCUAAUGAAAACAAAACAAAACAACAGGUUGUUUUUUUAGAACUAGUUAUUGUUUGCAGGUUUUAAAAAAAGCUUUAGGUCAUUAUCCAAUGCAACACUAUUGCUAACAUAACCAACAUGGCAUUAGUGUAUGUUAUAUAAGUGCAAUACCAAGAGCGAUUGCUGUCUGACAAGUUUUCUGGGGGGAAUCUAUCGCACCAGCAAGUGCUAUUAGUCCUGCGCUAGAGAUACUUUAUGCUAGUGUAGUGUCACUUAUGUUAAUGGUAGUGUUGCAUCACAUACUGCUCUUAGUAUUUCAUAGCACAGCCUUAUGCAUGUCUACUCAAAAGUUCCAUUGAGUUCAAUGGGACUUAGUCCAGGUAAAUGUAUAUAGGAUUGCAGCCUCAGCUUAACUUCAAAAA